GGAUCUUGCAAACAAGUUCCUAGAGAAUUUCGCAGCAAGCUACCACAAAAAAACUUCCCUACUCCCAUCUGUUGAACGUCAACAUACGAGCAGGAGAAUGGCUCUAACAUUUCAUAUCUCGGUGGGAGAAGCAAGGGACGUCUAGGUCGCGGAUGAACAGGCACUGAUCACCAUGCUCCAAGCAGCACUCCCCCAAAGUGAUGUGCCUAUGGAGUUUAGGAGGAAUCCACUCCCAACUUAUCAGGAGAUGUUGGAAAGGGCCAAAUAUCUAGCCCUUGAGGAAGAUGACGAGAAGCAGCUAGACAAAGCCCUAAAAGGCAAGAAGGUUCCCCUGACUGCUAGGGAGCUAAAGAACAAGAAGAAGAAGGACUAUACCAAAGGUCAUAACCAAUUAGGGUACCAGGCGAGUCGGGUGACCAUCCAUACCAUCCAAAAUGUUCCCAUUUCAUUUCAGCUCUGGGAAAGCUUCAGCGUUCAAGCUUUGGGUAAAUACUGGAUUGGAGAAGGUCAAUCAACUUCUAGGCCACCGCUCUUCGAUGGCACUAACUACAUGUAUUGGAAAGAGCGGAUGAGAAUCUAUAUCCGCUCAACCAACUUCCAAUUGUGGUUGGUCAUCAAGAAUGGCGAAGAGACGCCAAUGAAAAAGGUUGGGGAGACACUUGUCCCGAAGACCGAGGACAAAUUUGAUGCUCAAUACAUCAAGAAAGUAGAGAACUACACAAAGGCUAUUAACAUGCUCUACUGCGCGGUCUACCCUGACGGUUAUCGUAAGAUCUGCUGCACAACCGCUAAGGAAAUGUGGGACAAGCUUGAGGUAACAUACGAAGGUAUGGACCAAGUUCGGGAAGCCAAAAUUGACUUUUUUACGCAGGAGUACGAGAUGUUCAGGAUGAAGGAAGACGAGAAGAUCGACGACAGGUUCGAUCGCUUCUCGAAGAUCAUCAAUGAUCUUCACGCCCUCAAGAAGACGUACGCCAACAAGAACCUUGUGAGGAAAAUCCUACGGAGCCUCACCCCCGAAUGGAGAUCAAAGGCCAACACCAUCUAUGAAUCUAUUGGAGUCUCCAACGUCACCAUCGACGGAUUAAGAGGUAAUGUUAAAACUUAUGAAUCUACUAUUCUAACCCCGUCUUUGGAUGAACAAAAGAAGAAGGGGAUAGCGCUCAAAGCAACCAAGGAAACGGUUGAAGAGGAAUCAAGUGAUGAAGACAACGAGUUUGGCCUCAUCAUUAAGAAAUUCCACAAAUUUAUGAAGAAAGAGCACGAGCGCAAAGGAAAGAAGCACGACGGUCCCCAAAGUGCUAUGGAUGUGGCGAGAUCGGUCACAUCAAAUCUAGAUGUUCAAAAGCCAAGAACGCCAAGCACAAACGUGGGCUCAAGAAGCAACGAGCAUACAUCUCUUGGGGAGGAAACUCCAGCGAUGAGUCAAGCGAGCAAGAGGAAGACGAAGAAGCAAACCUUUGUCUCAUGGAUCAAGAAGAAGAGGAGUCAUCCAACGACAAAAACCAAGAGAUGUUCAAAAGCCAAGAACGCCAAGCACAAACGUGGGCUCAAGAAGCAACGAGCAUACAUCUCUUGGGGAGGAGACUCCGGCGAUGAGUCAAGCGAGCAAGAGGAAGACGAAGAAGCAAACCUUUGUCUCAUGGAUCAAGAAGAAGAGGAGUCAUCCAACGACAAAAACCAAGAGACCACACAACACACUUUCAAUUUCCUUCUCCUUUUUCCCAAAAGCUACUGCCCUAUCCUAGUCCCUUUUCCAUCAAUUCCCUUCAUCAUGUCAAACACUUCCAACAACCUCUCCCAUGAAGAACUCUUAGCCUCCAAUGCUGCUCUCAAAGCCCAAGUUGAAUACUUGGUUAAACAAGUUGCUCAACUCACAAAACUCAAGAUGAGCAUGGUAAACACCCCGGAGGAAAGUGAUGAAGAAGAAGAAGUUCAUAUAGACGCUGACUCUAGUAACACUACUAGAGGAGAAAACCAUGAAAGAGGAGCUACUGAUUUCAAGGUUGACAUACCAACCUUUGAAGGAAAGAAUGAUCCGGAUGACUUUUCAUAUCCUUCAUCAUAUGGCUAAAAAUACCCUCCUAAAUAUCCAUAAACCCAACCCUAUUUACCAAGGAUAAGGAUAAAAACAUCAAGGGACCAAACCAUUGAUUAAAUAGUGCAAACUUUG